ACAAUACCAUACCUUUGUAUUAGGGUUUCAAUAUCGUCCAACUGGCACACCAUGCUGCAGAAAUUGGGGUGCACAAGUUGCCCUCACCAGUCUCACUUUAUUUGAAAAUACAAUGGCAGAAACCGAUGAUGUAAUGGAUUGUAGAAUCUAUUGCUAACCCGAGAACUCAAAAUAAACGUGGGUUCAGGAAAUUAGUAACUGUUUCUAUGGAGCCAUUUUAAGGGGAGAGUCAGCCGGAACGUAGUUGUUUUGCGGACUCGUAUUGGCGAUGGGUGGUGGAGUUUCCAAUUCAAGAAGCAGCAGCAGCGGCGGCAGUAGCAGUGAAGACGGAGACGCCGAAUGGAGAGCAGCCAUCGACUCCGCUGCUACUAUGGGUUUCGGCAUCUCCACUUCUAAAGGGUUGAAUGCCGAACACCAUUCGAAAGUCUUAAUCGAUGAUACGGCCCCUUCAUGUCCCAAGACUGAAGAAGACAUGCACGAUAAAUGCAAACCCCAAACUCUCAAGCUCUACCAAAUCAAGGCGCAAAAGCUGUUAGAAGACUUUCUGGACAAAAGCCUGGUUUUGGUGAGGAAACCCAUCUCUAUCUUGGAGGAUGAUCACCUGUUUGAUGAAGGUGGAGUUCAAUUAUUUAGACAAGCCCCUCCUGGCAUUGUUUUUGACCCUGUUGAUGAAGUUUCAAGGCCAAGAAAGAGACCAAAGCUUUGUCCUGGAGAACUGAUUGACGAGAAAUCAGAAAAGUUUAGACGUCAACUGCAGUCUGUAGUGGUUGAUGGUCCGGACAUAAUGGCUUCUGCAAGAGAUGCAUGUCAAAAAUCAUUGGCUAGAUUUGAAGCUAGCAUUGCUAAGGCCAAAGCAGCAUCCAAACAAGAGGAAGAAAGAGUUGCAGAACUCAAAAGAAUUAGGGGGGAGAAAUGGCUACCAUCUAUUGCUAGAGAAAUGCAGCCUGAUGCUCAAUUCUUUGAUGGAUAUUACAGUGGUGACGACUUUGAUGUUUACUAUAACAUCACAGCUCCAAUCUUGCAGCUCUUUUAUGAGCAAUAGACUGUAGAAGCUUCUCCGUAUCUGAGCUAGACACUGAAUGUGCUGUGUGCAUAUUUCCCUGGUGGAAUUGACAUAUUAUCUUCAUCGACCAUUAUGGCACGGCUAAUGAUUUUUAUUGAGUUGCAGUUUGUUGUGAUACGAAUGGUCGAAUGGAUUUAUUACCCGUUCAAACAUUUUAUAUGAUGAAAGUUUUAUGAACAUGAUCUAGUUCAAUUAAUGUCAAACUUUUUUUCACAGGAA